CCACCGACGCUGCAUAAAUAGGGGCUCGCGCGGCCGCAGCGCUCAGUGACGAGAGGCUUUGUCCUGGUCGGCAGUCCUUCCGUGCGUGUGUCUCGACGCGCUGGGCGGUUUGUGCUCUCAUCACAGUCGUUAACAGGUCAAAAUGCAGAUCUUCGUGAAGACCCUGACUGGCAAGACCAUCACCCUGGAGGUGGAGCCCAGUGACACCAUCGAGAACGUAAAGGCCAAGAUCCAGGAUAAGGAGGGCAUCCCCCCUGACCAGCAGAGGCUCAUCUUUGCCGGCAAGCAGCUGGAAGAUGGCCGCACCCUCUCUGAUUACAACAUCCAGAAGGAGUCGACCCUGCACCUUGUCCUCCGCCUGAGGGGUGGCAUGCAGAUCUUCGUGAAGACCCUGACUGGCAAGACCAUCACCCUGGAAGUAGAGCCCAGUGACACCAUCGAGAACGUGAAGGCCAAGAUCCAGGAUAAGGAGGGCAUCCCCCCUGACCAGCAGAGGCUCAUCUUUGCCGGCAAGCAGCUGGAAGAUGGCCGCACCCUCUCUGAUUACAACAUCCAGAAGGAAUCGACCCUGCACCUUGUCCUCCGCCUGAGGGGUGGUAUGCAGAUCUUCGUGAAGACCCUGACCGGCAAGACCAUCACCCUGGAGGUGGAGCCCAGUGACACCAUCGAGAACGUGAAGGCCAAGAUCCAGGAUAAGGAGGGCAUCCCCCCUGACCAGCAGAGGCUCAUCUUUGCCGGCAAGCAGCUAGAAGAUGGCCGCACCCUCUCUGAUUACAACAUCCAGAAGGAGUCGACCCUGCACCUUGUCCUCCGCCUGAGGGGUGGCAUGCAGAUCUUUGUGAAGACCCUGACCGGCAAGACCAUCACCCUGGAGGUGGAGCCCAGUGACACCAUUGAGAACGUGAAGGCCAAGAUCCAGGAUAAGGAGGGCAUCCCCCCUGACCAGCAGAGGCUCAUCUUUGCUGGCAAGCAGCUGGAAGAUGGCCGCACCCUCUCUGAUUACAACAUCCAGAAGGAGUCGACCCUGCACCUGGUUCUCCGCCUGAGGGGUGGCUAUUAGUUAUUCAGUCUGCAUUCCCAGUGGGCAGUGAUGGCAUUACUCAACAUUCUAGCCUUUUGCCCCAAUUUAAGUUUAGAAAUUACAAGUUUCAAUAAUAGCUGAACCUCUGUUAAAAAUGUUAAUAAAGGUUUUGUUGCAUGGUAAGCAUA